AUGGCUUCGUUGGUGGCCUACGAGGACUCGGACUCAGAGGCCGAGACCGAGCUUGCGGGGGGUUUCCAUCCAGCCAGCCAGAUGGAAGACACUUCAACCGCGGUCAGACCUCCGGGGCAGGAUUUUGGAUCCAGAGUCCUGGAUGCAACAGGCGGGCGGGCACCAUCCCCAGAGCGUGGCUCUCAUGAUGACCCUGCCAGGUGUCGUCUCCCGCUGGCUCGGCUCUGGAGCCAGGACCCGGGGUCCUGCCCCAGCCAGAGGCUUCAGUGGCCCAGGCCGGAGCCCGAGGCUGCCUUCCCCGCCAGCCUGCCGGCCCGUCUCUCCCUGUGGACCAGCCAGGCCCCCGCGGGCCACGUGCCCCUGGCAGGGGCCUGCUUGAAGCAGGUGAGAGUCUGCUGGGAAACUUCCGGCUCCCCCGAGCUAUCUGUCGGUGCCCGAGCGGGGUCUGAAGGCCCAGGGAAAAGCGGCAGCUCCCUGCAGAGGAAGCGGUGUGAGGACUGUGUGGUACCUUAUACCCCAAAGAGACUGAGGCCGCUGCCGGCGCCACACACAGGAGCAGACAGGGGCAAGGAUGCGGAGGCCCAGGGUCCACACGCCGGCCGUGUCCCAGCCCCGCUCUGUGUGGCCCCCGAAGCUUCUGAGUUUAUCCAGCCGUACCUGGACAGUCAGUAUAAGGAAACCAAGAUUCCCAAGAAGGUGCUGUUCCACCUGCGGGGCCACCAAGGCCCUGUCAACAGCGUUCAAUGGUGUCCCGUGUCUGCCAGGAGCCACCUGCUUCUGUCGACGUCUAUGGAUAAGACCUUCAAGGUGUGGAAUGCCGUGGACUCGGGGAGCUGUUUGCAGACCUACUCCCUGCACAGUGAGGCGGUGCGGGCUGCCCGGUGGUCCCCCUGCGGCCGGCGCAUCCUCAGCGGUGGUUUCGACUUCGCCCUGCACCUCACAGACCUCGAAACAGGAACCCAGCUAUUCAGUGGCCAAAGUGACUUUAGGAUCACUACCUUGAAGUUCCAUCCAAGAGACCACAGCGUUUUUGUAUGUGGCGGCUUCAGCUCUGAAAUGAAAGCUUGGGACAUAAGGACCAGCAAGGUGGUAAGAAGCUACAAGGCCACCAUCCAGCAGACCUUGGACAUCCUCUUCCUCCGGGAAGGCUCCGAGUUUCUGAGCAGCACAGAUGCUUCAAGCCGGGACUCUGCCGACCGCACCAUCAUUGCCUGGGAUUUCCAGAGCUCCGCCAAGAUCUCCAACCAGAUCUUCCACGAGAGGUACACCUGCCCCAGCCUCACCUUACAUCCGCGGGAGCCUGUGUUCCUGGCGCAGACCAACGGGAACUACCUGGCCCUGUUCUCCGCCGUGUGGCCCUACCGGAUGAGCAGAAGGCGGCGCUACGAAGGGCACAAGGUGGAAGGCUACUCGGUGGGCUGCGAGUGCUCCCCAGACGGCGACCUGCUGCUGACGGGCAGCGCCGACGGCCGGAUCCUGGUGUAUAGCUUCCGCACCGCCAGCCGCGCCCGCACGCUGCACGGGCACACGCAGGCCUGCGUGGGCGCCACCUUCCACCCCGUGCUGCCCUCCGCGCUUGCCACCUGCUCCUGGGAGGGCGACAUCAAGAUCUGGCACUGA